AGUUAUAAGACUGUAAUAAUUUAACAAAACCUCAAAAAGUGACGCGCCUGGCGUCCAUUUUCCCAGUAUACGCUCCCAUGUACUCGCCCGUCAACUUUACUUAGGAGGAAGAAGAUUGGGGAAAAUCCAUUCAGAUGAUAUUGUUUUUCUCACAUCAGUUUUAAGCAGAGUAACCAAGGGAGAUGAACAGUGUUCAGGGCCCUUAUGCUUGAUGGACUGCUUGCCGAACAGCAGUGACAAGAAAACGUUGAAGAGGUGGUUCUUCAUUGAUAAAAGGGUUGGCUGAAUUGAAUUUCUGAGAUUGAACAUUAAGAUUUGUUUCUUUACAUUUGAGUGGAUAGUUUUCUAAGGAAUCUGCUAGCUUUUACGUUAUAAGUAGUGACCCAAAGCUGGAUCCAAUGGACCUAAAAUCUAAUCACACUGCUCCCAUUCUUGCUGAUCCUGCACCGAUAAGCAAGUCAAGAUUAGGAGUACAUUCCAGUCUGUUGGCAUACUCACCCCCAGGAGCAGUGUUCUCUCCAAAUCUAUUUCUAACUGUUCCUAGGAAGAAAACUGGAAUUCUUGAUGAUGUCCGUGCCAGCGGCUGGCUGGAUGCUAUGAAAUCCUCAUCCCCUCCUCAUAAGAAAACCAGGGAAUUCAACAAUGAGCUUGCAUCAGCUGAUACAGAUGUUGCAUAUCGCACAUGGAUGGUUAAAUAUCCCUCUGCACUUACAUCAUUUGAGCAAAUCACAAAUUUUGCAAAAGGCAAGAGAAUGGCAUUGUUUCUGGAUUAUGAUGGGACUCUUUCACCAAUUGUUGACAACCCUGAUUGCGCCUUUAUGUCUACUGAUAUGCGAGCCGCUGUAGAAAAAGUGGCAAAAUACUUCCCAACAGCAAUAAUUAGUGGAAGAAGCCGUGACAAGGUGUAUGAGUUUGUAGGACUAACAGAUCUCUAUUACGCGGGAAGUCAUGGAAUGGACAUCAUGGGCCCUGUUAGGCAAUUUUCCGAUGAUCACGCUAACUGCAUUAGAUCUACUGAUAAGCAGGGCAAAGAAGUUAAUUUAUUCCAGCCUGCUAGUGAAUUCUUACCUAUGAUUGAUGAGGUUUUUAACUCACUUGUCAACAGCACCAAAGAAAUUAAAGGAGCAAAAGUUGAAAACAAUAAGUUCUGUGUUUCUGUCCAUUACCGUAACGUAGAUGAGAAGAAUUGGACAACAGUUGCACAACGCGUCCACGAUGUCAUCAGAAACUACCCUCGCCUACGGUUGACUCAUGGGCGGAAGGUAUUAGAGGUUCGGCCUGUGAUCAACUGGGAUAAGGGGAAAGCUGUUACAUUUCUACUUGAAUCACUUGGGCUUAGCAAUUGUGAUGACGUGCUUCCCAUUUAUGUUGGGGAUGACCGGACAGAUGAGGAUGCAUUUAAGGUUCUGAGAGAGGGAAAUCGAGGAUAUGGCAUUUUAGUAUCAUCCAUGCCCAAGGAAAGUAAUGCAUUUUUCUCCCUGAGGGACCCACAAGAGGUCAUGGAGUUUCUUAAGUCACUGGUGAUCUGGAAGAAGAAGACAAGUGCUCUCUGAAUACAACAAAUAAUAUAUAGAGAAGAAGAAAAAUACUCUGAUACAAAACAUAGAAAUAAGAUAGCCUAUAUGUUUUUCAUAGUUAACACACGGAGGCUUUGGAGUGGAAUUGCAGAGAGGAACUCCAGUAGUCUCCAGGACUGGUGCCUUACUGUUUCUGUUCAAACGCUUCUUGUCUUAACUGUAUAUUCCUGCUUUAAUUAUCUUUCUGACUGGUGCGCAAGGAUGCUUCACUUAUCAGAUCAAUCAUUCAUGGUUUCCCCUUCUUCCACCUUCAGUUUUGGUCAGCAGCGUCUCUUGCAUGGGACAUCUAAUAUAGAAAAACACUUAAUAUUUUUUCAUUCUUUUUUAAGUAUAGAAAAUGCUUGUGUAUAAACUUCUUUUGGCUAUAUUUUCAUGCAUUUUUCUCUAUUAGUAUUUCCUUUGUAUAAUUUAAGCAUUUUUUCAAUGGAAAUGCACUCGCAAGUUUCAUGAA